CACACAAGUCACAACGGCUAAGAUGAAGCUUAUUAUCAUUGUCGCGACAGCAUUCAUAGGCAUAAGUUGUGCAGAUGACGCUACCAUCGGGCAACAAGCGGCCGCUGCAAACCAAAAUACUUGCAUUCGCAGAAAUGAAUACAUCAAAAUAAAUGGACAGUGCGACGCAUAUAUAGAAUGUAAAGAUUAUGUGCCUGUUCAAAAGCUGUGCCCCGAGGGCCUUCAUUACAACCCAUCAGCGGCUUGGCCAAUCUAUCCAUGUGGAUACCCAUCCGAUGUUACUUGCGCUGAUCACAGUGCUAUUCAGCCUGUAAAGUCUACACCCGAUUGCCCACAUCAAUACGGCUACUUCCCGUCUCCGAUAGCCGCACCGAACGACUGUGGACAAUACCGCAUGUGUAUCCUGGGCAAACCCUACGACAUGGUGUGCCCCGUCGGCCUUGCUUUCAACUUUGUAUCUGACCGCUGUGAUUGGCCCGAUCUAGUACCUACUUGUAACGCAGAAAAAUACCUCGGAUUCCAGUGCCCACCUGCCAGUUUUGAUGAAAGUGGAAACGCAAUUAAAACAAACCACAGUUACCAAGGCAACUGCUACGCGUUCUAUUCUUGUUUGGGCGGGAAACCGCGCCUGUUGUCUUGCGAUUCUGGGUUUGCCUUCGACCCCGCUUCUGGAGAAUGCGUUGACGCCGACACCGUGUCUUGUGCCUCCAACGCACAGCCACAAAUUGCUGCAAAUCAAGCUCAUUAAUGCGUCAAAAUAGAUAUUUCUUUAAUGUAAUAUACCUAGUAAUAUAUAAAUAAAUAGUUCCUUUCCAAUAUAUGUUUUAUUCAUA